CCGUUAGCGGUUGCUGUAUUUCUUUUUAGCAAGCAAAUAUGCCUAUUUGUGCACCUUUUGAUGAAAGGUUGCUGUUUCCAUUAAUUAUUUUACAGUGUUCAGCUCGUUUGGUGUGUAUGAGUGUGAUUGAAGAAGGCUAAUGAGUGGUUGCUUUGUCACUUUCAAUUAAAUUUCGACUUUGAUGAAUGCCUUCAACAAUUUAUAAAUGAUUUCUGGUACUGAUAGGAACUGGGAAUCGAUGUUCUAUUAGCUUGUUUUCACAUGGGUCAAAAAUUAUACAUCACCCCAUCCAAGAUAACGAAAUUAAUACAACCAUUCGUCAAGGAGAAAAGGGAAACAAAGAGAUUAUUUCAGUCCUUUUCAAGGGAAUUUUUCCGGAAAAGUGGCAAGCAGAAUACUUCUACAGCUAAUAACCAUGUUUGGUUUAACUCAGUGAUGCAAUAAUAUCAUCCUACAAGCAAUUUGCUCAUAAAAAAUGUUGUUUUGAUGAGUUUGUCUACACGUAAUCUUUUGUUAGUGGUAUCUUUGAACGGCAUCAUUCCUUUCUCAUUUUGUUGGUUACUCAGAAACAAUAUAAACUUGGCUGCAUAUAAAUUACAGAAAACUUUCAUAAACUGUCAUUCUUGCAAGGCUUUUCUGGAUUUAAAUUCCUUGAUAAGUGUACGAGAAUUCAUACAGGAUCAAUGGAAACUUGCUGAGGAUUUGUAACAGUAGACUCCAAGCCUAGUCAUCAGCCUCACAAUUCCAAUUCCCAUAUGUACUCUCCAAGUCGCUUUCCAUUCAUAAUCUUUAAUUCACAGGCUGAUGUUUCAGUCACAAUUUAUUAUAUUGUUUAGUCGGAUUGAUGGAAGCUAAAUCUUAAGCCAUACAAUAGUUUAAUUUCUAAUCUAAUAAUCAGGCCACUUUUGUAUUCUUGUUGAAGAAAAUCAUCUCAAAGCUCAAACUAUGGUUACCCUUUUAAAAUGUUAUAAUGUUUCAAGGUUCCCUGUUACAGAGCAUUGCUUUUGUCAUCGUCGACGUGUUUUCUCUUUAUUCUAACAGACUUUUCUUUACAUCUUAUAUUUAGAUUUCCACAUCUGCAACAGGAAUUGUUUCUGUGGGUUUGGCCGGGUCCUCUCUUCAUACCAGCCUCUAUUUGUUCAUCCAUUCCACAUAUUUCUUCUUAUGAUCGAGUAGCUUCUGUAAUUUAUAUUCAGUAUUCCACUUUUUUUCAACAGUCGAAGUAACCUCAGCAGUCAUUUGAUAGCUUUAGCUUGAUUUCACCUCUCUGCUUUUUCUGCCUUCCAUUAUCAUCAACACUUUUUUAAGAACACACUUCUGUACAAAUAGAACUUUGGAGGUGUUUUGGCUGAGUAUUUCGGCAUAUAUACCUCUGCUUUUCCUCCCAAAUUUUGGUUUGUUUAUUUAUGAGGGGCGCAGAUAAUUAGAAAUAUGGGGAGGAACACAGAGGAACAGAUUGUUUCACAUGCUGGAUCUAAGGACUUGACGGACGGUGAAUAUGAAGGAUCCCUUUUUGCUUCUGUUCCCAAAUCACCGUUAGAAAAUGGCAGAGCGAGCAGUAUGGUUAUCAAGAAAGCACAUACUGUUAUUCCUGCACAUAUUGUAGCUGAAGCCAUUUCAACGCUCCAUGGACUUGACCUCAGAUGGUCAGGUCCAAUCACACCAACAGAAAUGCAAUAUGUUGAACAAUAUGUCCUGGCAAAGUACCCUCAAUAUGCUGGCCUUAUUGAAGGAGAAAGAAUAGAUCUCUCUAGUCUUUGCAUCAGUGAAGAGACACCAGCAAUUGCUCCUGAAGACAGGGGAAAGUCGCCUAGAAGUGGUGGUUUUAGAGAUCCCUCGACACCCACCUCUGAGCGCAAUCUCCCCUAUUUGGACAGAACCCAGUUGGAGCCAUCAAGACUGCUAGAUAUACUCACCAAGAAAUCAUCUUUUCCUGGAAGUUUCAUCUCUAUUCCUGAAAUCCAAGCUCGAAACAAAGUUUUGAAUCAUUGUGGAUUGCCUGAUAGUGAGUAUCUUGUUCUCUUCACUCCAAACUACAAGGAUGCAAUGAUGUUAGUUGGGGAGAGCUACCCUUUCUUCAGAGGUAACUUUUACAUGAGCAUUAUUGGUGAAGAAAUGGAUUACAUAAGAGAAUUUGCCAGUUUCAAAGAAUCAAAAGUUAUAUUGGCACCAGAGACAUGGUUGGACUUGAGGAUCAAGGGAUCACAGCUUAGCCAGUAUUUUAGGAGAAAAUGCAAGCACGCCCCGAAAGGAUUAUUCUCAUAUCCAGCUGAUAUCAAUGGGACGCGUUAUACCAUGCAUUGGGUUUCAGAAGCUCACAGGAACUCAUGGCAUGUUCUGCUAGACGCAACUGCAUUUGUUGUAGGGAAGGAUAGGCUAAAUCUUGCGCUUCACAGGCCUGAUUUUUUGUUAUGUAGUAUUGAAAAUACACAUGCACGGCCUUCAAGGAUCACUUGUCUUCUCAUCAGGACCCUUUGAUACUUCCACAACAAUUUCAACGCAGGCCAAUGAGUGACAAGGGGUGUGUUAUGUAUUAUAACAAUGUUUUGCGUACCUAUUUUGAAGUACAUAUAUGAUGUGUUAUUAUCACAUUGAGUGUUCAUUUAUCUUUAAUACAAAAUCAUCUAAUUACUUGAUGACAUAUAUUAAAUAUACUCAAAAUGGACAUGUAUGUAUUAACUGUGUUUAAACUUUGCUGAAAACAUGUUUGUAUUUUCCAGA